AGAGUGUUUGGCAAUGAUGAGAAGCCUAAUUUUUAGGAUUUGCCUUUUGGUGGCAAUACUCAGUUAUGCACAUUCUAGACACACAAAAACUAUAGAAAAAAGACAGUGCUCAGGCAACAACUGCAAUACAUGCAACGGUGGAAAUUGCAACACAUGUAACGGUGGAAAUUGCAACACAUGCAACGGUGGAAAUUGCAACACAUGCAACGGUGGAAAUUGCAACGCUUGCAACAACAAUGUUUGCUGUUCAAGUGCAAGUUGUAACCAAUGUGCUAACCAAUGUUCCAGCAACUGUAAUAACAACGUAUCGUGUAAAAAUAAUUGUGUGAGUGGAUGCGUCACGGCGUGCCAAGGAAAUAAUAACUGUACGGGGUCUUCAUGUUCCCAAUGUAUCAACAAUUGUGGGAACCAGUGGUCCUCAAAAGACUGUCUUAACGAUUGUUCUAAAUCAUGCGAUGGUACUUCUGUUACUACGAACACUAUUACUUCAGACGUAAAUAAAGAUUCUGUCAUAUUGAUUCCAGCAUCUUCCGACGGUUCGAAUGUAAUUGUCAAUAACACGAAUAAUAAUCUUGUUAAUCUAACUACAGUCAUUAACAUCGACAAUGUCGUUCACAACAUCAAUAACAUAAGUAUCCCGGUAUAUGUGAACACUACCAACAUUAAUAACAUCAAUUUGUCUCAAAGUCAUAAAUCGACUAACAACGAUGUUACAACUGACAUUGAACGACCCGAUUUCCCGAUGCCUCUUCGUGAACAAUCAUUACCAUAUUAUCCACCGAUUUAUCCUUUUCCACCGAAUUAUCCUUCACCACCGAGUUAUCCUUCACGACCAUCUGGAGACAACUGUUGCUUCGUGUUGCAUCCAAGAACCUGCUAUACUGAUAAUGAAGGCAACAACAGGUGCUACAUCAGGAGAAGUCGAGAAUGUUCUGAUGCAUGUACAUCACCAGUGAUUUCAAUAGAACAAGGAUCCACAACUAAUUCAGGAUGUCAACGUGUUGGUACUUGGCCCUACCAAUAUUGUGGAAACUACAUUCGUCGAGACUGUAACCAAUGUUACACCUGCGGAGGAAGCUACAAUCCAAGCCAAUGCUUUAGACAAUCCGAAUGUUCGGAUAGUUGCAGAAGCGCAGCACCAAGUUGUGUUCCGAGUCAAUCUGGACUCCGGUGUUAUUAGUUUAAGACAUUAUUACUACUUGUUAUUGUUGUUCACGUGAAAAAUAAGAAGAGUCCUUACCAUUGA